AAAUCUUAAUUAGAACCUUGCUUUAUAAUGUAAUAAUAAUAAUAAUAAUAGAGUUUAACAUAAAUUCUAGUAUUUAAUUAAAAAAACAUUAUUUAUCUACACUACACUAUUAGAAUCCAAAUUAUAUGCCACAUUUAAAGGCCCAAAAUUAGAGCCCAAUUAGUAUACAAUAACUAAUAGUAUUCCAUGAAACCCUAAAUCAUUUCUCUCUCCCCUCAACGGUAUCCUACUCCUUCCGCCGCCGUGAUUCGCCGCCAUGUGCCGCUGCCUUCCCCUCUCUCUCGCUCUCUCUCUCUCCGCCCGCCCCGCCUGCCUCGAAGCACACUUCGUCAGCACGCCUUGCCUCGCCGUCCACCGCCGUGAUUCGCCGCCCGCUUGCUUCCUCCAAACCCGCCGCACUGCAUAGCUCGCCCAGCCUCCGUUCCCCACCUUCCUCAGCCUCGCCGCCUUCGUCACCCGUCGCGCCUCGCCGCUGCCCAGCUGCCCUCACACGCCGCGCCACCGUCCUUCCUCAUUGUUCCACCGCUAAGUCUCGUCGGCUCUCCUUCUCACCUUUCUCUCUCAUUAUCACACCACAACCGCUGCUGCUGUCCGCCGCCGCUCCGGCGAUGAUUGAGGCUGCUGGUAUCCUUCUCCUCACCUCUCUCCAUUUGAGUUGACAUUCAAUCUCUUUAUUCGCGUGCGCUCUCUUUCGGGUGAAGGGACGUCGCGCCAUUGUUGUUCUUUGCCUUCUCUUUCACAGGUUAGCAUCCCAUCGUUCUCUUGUCUUGAAUCAUAAAAAAGAUUACCUAUCCUACUAAUUAAUUUAGGCUUUUGUAGUUUUUUCUGUUGCACAAUAGUUUCCUUGCUAAUUAAUGUUCUAUGUAUAUUUGAAUCUAGAACUUCAAUCUGAAAUCAACCAUAAUUCAUUUGCAUUAUAGUCUGAAUUUUCCUCUCUAUAAAUUAUUUUAGAGCCACCAGAAUUUUUGUUCAAGCAAAAUAGAGAAAUUUGAGUAAACAAAAUUACUAGAACUAUACAUGAAACACGUCCUAACAUACAUUGCUUUUGUGGUCCUCAUAUGUUGAAACAUAAAUAGGCACACCAAACAAUGUCUAUUGUACUUAAUGGAGAUGAUAAUUAGAUCAUUUUAGUGUUUUGUUAUAGAAUGCAGACAAGUGGAGUUUGUGCACUUAGUUUGCUAAUGAAUUUCAUAUGUGUUGGUUGAUUUGAACAUGACUAAUCUUACAACAUGAUUACAUAUUUUUUGUUGUUAUUUUACAAUCCAUUUUCAGCACAUACUCAAUGGAGCCUGCGAAGUUAGAUCACAAAAGGGGUAUACAGCCAAUUAAUUGCAACCCAAUAAUUCAUUACAAAGUAAUCAACAGUCCUCUUGACACAUCUUUCUACUUGGCCCAAACUUGCAUGACCUCUAAAAAUGCAUUUAGGUCUUCAAAUUGUGUCGUGUCCACUGUUUUUAGAAAAAAUCUAGAUUGGUAUGACAUUCAAAAUGAUUUCAGCUCUAUCAAAGACUCAGAAACUUUGAAGUAUAAGCUCUAUGAUGAUUUAAAUGAAUAUGCUUUGGCGGAAGAAAUUAGUUUCAAUUUGCAUGACUUUUUAUUAAAGAAACUACUGGGCACUACGUGGAAUAGAAAUGAGAAGCAUAGAGCGACUGCACAUUAUCAUAGGGGAAAUGAUAAUUCACUUUGGUGGGAUGACAUAAAAGAUGAUUUUAGAACAAUCUUUGGUCCUGUCAUUGCUGGACUUCGAGUUAUACAUUGGAAGAAGUUAUAUCACGGGAAUAUAUUGGAUGGUGUUGCUGUAAAGGGCAAAGGGGACGGUGUACUGUUCAACAUGAAGAACCACCCAAAAUUGUGUUUACUACAAAGUCAAAAUCUCAUAACUCAUCAAAUACAAGACAUCCGGCAUCUAAUACAGUUGAUGGAAUGGUUUUUCCUAUAUCCGUUUGCUGGUGACGCAAAGCUUCCUCAACUUGUGAAGGAGUGUAAAGUCUGUUUGGACCAACUGAGUAUUGGUCUAUCACCCAGGUUUGGUGUUAUGUCCAUUGAAAGAAAUUGGAGCAUGAGGCUUCCAAUUAUUUGGAAUGAUCGUGACGUAUAUUGUUUUAUGCUAUUUUGCUUUCGGCUGAUUUUUGAGGAUCUAAACUGGCAUUCUUAUCAAUGCUUUUUUAAUGAUCAUAAUUGGAUUCAAAGGGCUCAAAACUGCAGUCAACAGUUGACCACGGUAUUGAAUUACAGCCCUUAUUCAUACAGAUGUCCGAUUCAUCAAUUGAAAUUUUGGAGGAAUUGCGCCGUACAUAUGAAUGUAAAAGGCCAACGUAGCAAUCGUAGCAACCAUCGUGAGAUUAUGCGUAUGUCCCCUGGGUUACUUUUAGACGUGGUGAAGACCUUCAACUAUAUAGUCGGUCAAAGUUCCUUGACUGGAGAUGGUCCUAGUGUAACAUCUUUAAUUGAAGACAUGAACUGGGAUUGAGAUUAGGUCUAUUCUAUGUUUAUAUCAUUGCUGACAACUGUGGAGGAUAACAUGUGUUGAAAGGGAAAUGGAAGUGAAUGAAGCCUGCCACAUUGAUGUUGAAAUUUCAGAUUUUUUCAUUUUUACCAAAACUCUCUUAACCUUUUCAAUAUUGGUCACAAUGCUGUGAAGAAAUGAUGAUGAUGGUAUUCAAAUUGUUAAUGGAUCUCUAUCUACUUGAUAACA